AUGCCGAAAUCUUAUGAACCCAUUAUCACGGCUUUGGAAACAGUGGAGGAAUUGAAACUGGACUUCGUGAAAAACAGACUGCUUGGGGAAGAGGAACAACGGAACAGAGGAGAGACCAAAUCCAAAUUGAGUCUUCAAUCUUCUUGUGUUAUGGAUGUGGACGCCCCGGACACAAAAAAUUCCAUUGUAGGAGCGCUCAACAGUCACGAUACAAGACUGGAGACUUCAAGGCCGAGGACGUAG